AUGUCAGAGGUAACCGAUCCGAAGAAGUGCCUGAAGUGUAAGGGCGGCGGUCAGAUUCUGCAAUCCUUCAACUUCAUGAACAUGACAAUGCCACUCAGCUGUGGUCCAGAGGAGCUGGCCGAAAGAUCACUGCAAGUUUUUGUGUCUAUGAUCUCUGUGGAAGGAAAGAACAAAGUAAGGCAAUUACCUCUCCAAUGUGAUUCAUGUGGAGGGGCUGGUUGGACCGUCCCUUGCCAAGCAUGUACCUUUGCUGCAGUGAGUGAGCAAUUCUCAGCCACUGUUCUACUCAGGAUCGUGCAGAGACGCCAAGGGCAAGGCGUCCAGAUUCAAGUGUUGCGCUUUGGUCCGAUGACACAGCAAGUCCAAGUGAAGUGUAGCGAUUGCCAUGGUUGGGGCAAGCUGGCGGCAGCUCGCCAGUCGCCUACAAAGCGCAAGCGCGUUGAUGACAUGACUGUGGUAGAAAUGAAAGAAGAAUUGCGGAAGAUGAAGCGCAAAGUCACCGGGAACAAGGCAGAGCUCCAGGAACGGCUCGGAGAAGUCUUUGAGACCAAUGACCGCGGUUGGGUGAGACGUGGUGCCUCCGCGUUUUCAACCAUCGGGUAUUUGGAAAGUGGUACCUUUCGGGACGUCUACAUGGGGACGUACACUAAAGGGCCAAGGAAGAAUUUGAAAGGUGUCUACAAAGUCUUCAAGGACAAGAAGGCAGAAGUGCUCAUUCACGAGGAUUUGAAGGCAGUUGAAGAAGCAGGUCGUAUCAUCAAAGCCUUCAACGAGCACAAUGACCUUUACAUAGGCAGCACAGCAAGACGCCGUGUGUACCUCAACCAGCCAGAGGUUUGGUCUUUGACAAGUGGCCGGCAAGUUCUGGUUGAACCUUUCAUUGAUGGCACCUACGCCAAGUUCAACUCCAACAGUGGUUGGGUGAAUGAAGGCUACAAUAUGAUGCAGGCUUUGUCGCAUUUCUCAUAUCAUUUUACCAAUGGUCAGCACUUACUUUGUGACCUACAAGGCGGUGGCUAUGAUACCCACUACGUCCUCACCGAUCCAGCCGUCCUGUCCAUGAAGCAGGAAUUUGGUGCGACGGAUGGGGGAAAGAAAAUGAUGGAGAACUUCUUUGCACAUCAUGUGUGCAAUGAGUAUUGCCAUCGGAGCUGGCGACGAAUGGAACGACCUAAAGUGUCGCCUUCUCUAUCGCUUCUUCGAGAUGAUUCUGCAGCACGAGAGGGAGGCUACCUGCCACUGUGGCAUGAACAUGUCGUGUACGAUUCCAAUGCCACCGAAUUCAGCACCCAGGUCGGAAUCGGCCCUUUGCCAAAUGAGGAGGGCCGUGAGGGGACUGCGAUGGACUGA